CGGAGCUCGCUGACAGAGAAAGCGGCGCUAUGCAAGGCCUGGUAUCACUCCGCUUCCGUGAGGCCGGAUCGCCUUCAACUUCCCUAGAGCUGCUCGGUUUUGGUUCUGGGGACGUGGAGAGACAAAGUCUGCGGAGGAAAAGGUAGCUGUUAAGAGUCACUAGGAGCGGGUCCCUGAGGCGUCCUGGGGGCGGGUUCGGCACCCCUCGAGGCAAGGAAAUGAGAAAACUGCCUCUCAUCCAAGCAGAGCAGAUCUGCCUUUAGGUCUGCUGUAGGGCUUGUCAUCAUUGGAAGCAAGGAAAGGAGGAGAAAAUUACUCCAGAUCAGAGAAGGUCCAACUUCAGUGGCAGAUCUGGUGGCCUUGGAGUGGCUGAAGACCACCACCCUCCACAGGGCUGCGCUCAGGCACACAGCCAUCCUUCCUUUCCCUGAGAAGCAAAACAGUUUGGUCAGAAACUACAAGACUUAGCAGAGCACAGUGAUCCUGAGAUCAUGCUUUUGGUGUUUAAGGACUCAUUGCCAGAAGUGAUGUUAGCAACAUGGCCAAAUACGACAUUCCUCGAACAUAUGCCCCGUUCAACAGUAACAAUUUAGCAUCCAUCUACAAACAAAAGUGCCUUUGUGAAAGCUGUGGGAUCCAACACCAUAUGCCACAGGACCCGGAAGGAGUCUCACCCACUCGUGCCUCAGGCCUGCUUUAAGGCUGGUCACUUCUGCAAGGAAAGAAAGGAGGAGGAGUCUGGUUCAAAUCUCUGGAGGUUUGUGCGAAGAGGGGCGAUGCAGGAGACAGCUACCCAGUAUUAUCAUGGCAGGUUCUUUGAUCCAAGUGGUUUCAGGGCCUCCUCCACCUCCUACUCUCUGUCAAAUUUGCACGUUGCCGCAGAACCCCUUGCCCAUUUCCUGCAGGAGAUAUUAGGAAUAGUGAGGUAAGUGUGGAUUGAUUCGUGAAUGGGAGGAAAAGACCUAAGUGUAGGAACCAGGAGACAGAAAACAUUAGACAUAUUAGACCCUUAAACAGAAAGAGAGAUGUUUGUAUCAGGGGUCAGGGUUCUUGCUUGUCUAUCUAGCAGUCAGGCUCCAUUCUCUGCUAUAUGUUUACUUGUACCCAGGAUAUGCAGGCUGCUGUAGAGUUUGACGCCACUGGGAUCAAGGAAAGGAGCAAGAAAUUGUGCCACAUCAGUGCAGGUCUGCUUUAAGGCUGGUUACUUCUGCAGAGAAGGAAAGAAGGAAAAGACUGCCUUAAAUCUCUGGAGGAUGGCCUGCUGUUUGCUUAAGGCUUAAUACCACUGGAACAAAGCAAGGAGAGGAAAAUUUCACCACAACAGUGCAGGUUUGUUCCUUUAUAGAGUACUGUAGAAAUCUGCAGGUAGCUGUUCACUUUGAAUUUGAUUAAGAAAGAGGACAAAAGCUACUCAUUUGGAUCCAAGGUCUGCCUGUGAGUCGACUACAGGUCUUAUCAACACUGGAAGCAAGAAAGGGGAAAAUUGCACCAGAUCAGUGCAGGUCCUCUGUGGCUCUCUGCAUAGAAAAGCACAGUUGGAAGAGACUCAAAGCCCAUUUUCUUCUUCCACCUCAGGCCUAUCUCCAGUGGUGGCUGUGGUGGCCUUGAAGUGACAGAAGAUCAUCACCUUCAACCCAGUAAAAGAAUAUUAAGACACUGACCUGGGACAUAUUGAGAACCAAAGCCAAGACUGUAUAGAGCUAUCUACAUAACUGGGCUUCAACCAUGGCUGGGGUUAAGAAUGCAAGUAGAAAGAAUAGGAGUAGAAAGAAUGAGAGUAAAAAGAAGGCCAAAACUGAAAAUAGGGCUGGUGUACAAGCUGAAGCCAAGAGGGAGGCUACUGGCGUAGUCAGAUCUGUAGCCAAGACCCAGGCCAAAGCAGUAGCCAAGGCAGGGACUCAGGAAGAUCCAGUGGCAGAGGUGAAGGCAGCGUCUAAGAACAAGAUUGUUACUGAGAUGAAGGAAGGAGCUCUGGCAGAUUUCAGUCCCAAAGCUGAAGAUGAGGCCACUAGAGCAUCUCGGUUUUGUUCUGUGGCUGAGGCUAGUGCUGAGUCCAGUGCUGAGUCCAGGUCUACGUGUAAAGAUAAGACUGGUAUUGAUACCUGGUUUUGGGCUGAGGAAGAAGCCAGUGUUGGUUCCUGGUUCUGGAAUGGAGAAGAGGCUGGUAAUCGUUUCAGUGCUAAGGAUGAAGGUAAAGCUGAUAUUUGUCCCCCAUCCUGUGCUAAGAAUUUGGAGCCUGUGGCUGGGGCCAACUGCAAGGCUAGGCCAGGGGCUGAGGAGGAGGAGGAGGAGAACGUUAUUGGGAGCUGGUUUUGGGAUGGAGAUGAAACUAGUUUUGACCCUAACCCUAGACCUGUGAGCAGGAUAAUUAAGCCCCAGCCUGUGGAUGAAAUUAAUGAAAAAGAUAGGCCCAAGGACUGGUCUGAGGUAACUAUCUGGCCCAAAGCUCCUGCUGUAACUCCAGCAGUGUUAGGCUUUAGAUCCCAAGUCCCAUUUGAGAAAAAGCCUCCUUCAUAUGUUGUCCUGGCCUCCGCUGAGGAAAAUACCCAUUCUUUGCCUGUGGCAACAGCGUGCCCUUCUAGGAGCACCCCCUCAAGCUCACAGCCUGUCUCUGAGUACCCAUUUGGUUCUGACCCUUGUAUCCAGACCAUAGAGGAGAUUAGACGCCAAAUCAGGAUCAGGGAGGUAAAUGGGAUUAAGCCAUUUGCUUGCCCUUGCAAAAUGGAAUGCUACAUGGAUUCUGAGGAGUUUGAAAAACUUGUUACCUUACUUAAAUCAACUACUGAUCCUCUCAUUCAUAAAAUAGCUCAAAUUGCAAUGGGGAUCAUUAAUGUUCAUCCAUUUGCCCAAGAGUUCAUUAAUGAGGUGGGUGUAGUGACACUUAUUGAAAGCUUGCUUAGUUUUCCUUCCUCUGAAAUGAGAAAAAAGGCUGUAAUUACUCUGAAUCCCCCCUCUGGGGAUGAAAGACAACGCAAGGUUGAAUUACAUGUUAAGCAUAUGUGUAAGGAAACCAUGUCUUUUCCCUUGAACUCACCUGGACAGCAAUCCGGAUUAAAGAUACUAGGACAACUGGCUACUGAUUCUAACCAUCACCACAUUGUUGCCAAUUACUUUUCAGAGCUUUUUCAUUUGCUCUCCCUGGGAAAUCGUAAAACCAGAAAUCUUGUUUUGAAAGUACUUUUGAAUAUGUCUGAAAAUCCAACUGCAGCCAGAGACAUGAUCAAUACAAAAGCAUUAGCAGCAUUAAAACUCAUCUUUAACCAAAAAGAGGCAAAAGCCAAUCUCGUUAGUGCUGUGGCCAUAUUUAUUAACAUAAAGGAGCAUAUCAGAAAGGGCUCAAUUGUAGUUGUUGAUCAUUUGAGUUAUAAUACACUCAUGGCCAUUUUCCGUGAAGUUAAAGUGAUCAUCGAAACAAUGUAAAAUGAGCUAGAAAUGAAAGAGAACCCUUUGAACAAUCUCCAAACUCUAACAGGCUGUGUGUUCCCAAAGAGCCAUGCAUAAUGUUUUGGUUAUUACAGUGUGCAUGUUAUAAAUUACAUCUUUAACACAAUAUUACCUGUGACAGUCUAGGUCUGAGCUAGACCAUUUUGGGGUAUCAAAUUAAUAUUUCAUUGUGAGUUGAAAACAUCUGUUGAUUAUUCUCUUGUGUAGAUGGGGAGCUUUUUAACAUUUAAGAUAGCAAAUUGGUGCAUCAUAAGUAAGCUAACUUUUCAUUAGUAUCUGCUUAGAUCCAUUUGCAGCUUCAAAUGAUUUAAAAAGAUAAUAUCCUUGAAUUUAUAAUCUAGUUGUAGAAACAAGGCAUAUACACACAAAAAGAUAUCUAACAGUACACACACACACACAUAUAUAUGUAUACACACACACUCAUUGCCAAAUGUGCACUCUCAAUAUGUAAAGAAAGCAGGGUUGCUACCGGCUGUUUAAUGUAAAAGGAAUUACUGUUUUUCCCCUAUUCUACCUGCAUCAGAUAACUCAUUCUACAACACACAAAUGGCCCUGAAUCUCAGAUAAAAUGUAAUAUUCAUCUUUUAUUUUGCUACUACAUUUAUAACUCCUAUAUUGUUAGGCUAUUUCAUUUAUGUCAAGUAAUCUUGCAGAAGAGAAAGGAGGUAGAUGUAGGGAGGAAACAUUUCCUGAGUACCUACUCAUGUCAGAUACUGUGUUGGCAUUAUAUUUUACAGGUUUCUUCUUCUCAACAAUGGUUCUCUGAGCUAUGUACUGGUAUUUUUUUUUAUGAUUAUAACUCGUUAUUCUGGAUUGCCUCCAAUGGCAGUUAAGGAGGUUGAAUACUUAUUCCUAGAUUCCCACAGCAGGCAAGUGUGGCAUAGCUGUUUUGUCUGAUACCAAAACCCGCUCUCAUUGCACUACCUAAUAGUCCUCUUCCACUUUUUGUGUGGCAGCCUUCAAGGCUCACAGACUGGUUUUAAUGAUUCAGUUUUGCUGUAGAUAAUGUCCCUGCCAGUCUUGCAAUUCUUAACUUCCUCUAAAUGCACAUGUCCAUUAGGCAUUUGGCUAAACCUUGCUGGAGUAAGAAGAAAAGUCUGGGAUGAGUGUAUGGAUUUGAACUGGCAGUGUCUGGGAAACAGUAGGUGCCCCAAACUGUUGAAUGAAUGAGAUGUAGAUUUGGAGCCAAACAACUGAAAUUUGCUAUGUGUCCUUCCUAUCUUCUUCAAUAAAGAACUGGAAUCAUUCUGUACAUUGUUUCAUACCUUACAGUUUAAAGGAUAAUUGCUUUUUUCUUCCUUGCAAAAUUAUACCUUAAUUUGUUUACCAUUUAUAAUUUAUUCUCCUGUGUGUCGUAUGAAAAGAUAAACGGUUCUAUCUUUUACUAGUAGGCAAGCCUACUCUCUGCAUUUGUACCAGCUAAAACUGUACAGGAUAAACUUAAUUGGAGAAAUUUAGGCCCAGGCCCAGAACUGCAGCUUCAUCAACACAAAACAGGAAAGCUAAGAGAGGAGCUGCUGCCUCAAUCUACAUGAUAGUGAUUCCUGGAAGUCUGUGGUCCAGAAAGCAUUCCCAGGACUUGGGCUAUAGCUAUAGACUCAGGGUAGGAAUUACAACCCCUGGUCUGAGCUGAAGAGAAUGUUUCAGUGUGUAAAAAUAUUGGGUUAUAUGCUUUGAGAUUUUUAAACAGUUAAGAAAUUAAAACAAGAUCAUACUGUAAAUACUGUUUGUAACUUGCCUUUCUUCCAACUAACUGUAUAUUGUGACCAUCUUUCCAUAUCAAUAAAUAGGC